CACACUGCUCACAACUAGUGUUCUUCAGUUUCUCUUUUCCUAUCGCUUGGAAAUGGAGGCAUCCAAGUCUGCAUCAGUAAAACAGCUAAAAGAACACCUCCAACACCAGCAAGAACCUUUUUCACUCCAUAAUUACCUCUCAGAAAGAAGUUUCUUUCUCAAGAAUUUCAGCUCCCAUAUUGAUGAUGGCUACCACGUUAGUUCUUCUUCUUCCUCUUCUUCAGAGAAAACCCUAAAGUGGCAGAUCAAUUAUGAAAAGCACAAUAUCAGGAAAAGGUUCUUCCAUGCUUCCUCCUCCAUCCUUAGGUCUCUAUUUAACAGGUUCGUUCCAUUAAAUGAUCAUCAGAAUCAUCAGAAGCUCUCAACGAAAUGGGUUGCCACUGAUGCAGCUUCUGAUGAAGAUGGUGAAGAAGACGACGGCUUAAUUUGCCAUGACUAUAGUCCAAAGCUUGUUAACAUGUUUCACUCUUUCACACUCCCCGAAUUCAGACGACUACAGGUGGAUGCAGGUGCAAAACCCAGUUGGAUAAGUACAGUAGAGAAGAAAUGGGAACAACCAUUCGCUAAUUCAGUGUGUGAAUUCAAAAGUGAAGAAGGGCCAGAGACAGCUAUUUACACUUUGUCCCAGAAACCUGAGGGAGAACCAUUCUUCUCAACCUAUCUUCCAAAGCUACUCCUAAACCCUAAUAUUCUGAAAUUCAGACGCCAAAAAAGAGACAAACUCCACCACCACGUUGUUCAUGGAAGCAAAGGGAAACAUGAGGAACUGUUAGGAAGGGCAGAAAAAGCCAGAGGAUUCCAAGAAAAUAAAGGAAAGAGAGGGAAAAUCUGGUUGCUGGAGAAAAGAUGUAGUAGAGAGACUCAGAAUAUCACCAACUUGCUGCAUGCAGAUUCCUGUGUGGUAUCAAAAGUGUGGACAAAUUUGCAGAGGCCAAGUAGAGACAUUCACUUUGAGAUUGGAGAUGCUAUCAUGGAUGACAUACUCAAAGAGAUGCUUUCUAUACUUGUAAUUAAAUAGACUCUGCUCUGACACAUGAUUCUGGCUUCUUACGUUUCUUCUUUUUGAAGCAGCAGUGCAAUUGAUGAUUUGUGAAUAUAAUAUUUUUAUAUAAAUUCUA